UUGAGAUGCAAAUCUUUCCUAUUCAUCAAUUGGUGCACAUAAUUGGUUACAUCAAUGGUAUUUUUUCCAAAAUAGAUGCAAUUUGCAAUAUCCAAACAAAAGCAAAAAUAAUGCUCUUCACAUACGAACAAACUGAACGCAGAGAAAUAAGAAUAGAAAAGUCAAACAAAACAACGCAAGAUCACGAAUUGCAGCAACAUAAGAAAUUCAAUGCUCCGUAUAAUUUAGGCAGAGGCGAGACUUGCACCGGGCACAGAAGAAGUAGAAAAAAGGAAGAAGAAACCGAAGAGGAGGAGAAGGAAUCUCGUCGGCGACCAUUCCGGCGACCACCAGGAGCAGAUCGGCAACGAAUGAAGCGGCGGUGACCUGAAACCGACGAGAAAGAGAUGAAUCCCGUCGCCAAUGGUCUGAACAUCAUUGCCGGCGAUGAAGGAAUGGAUAACUGGGUUUGGCAGCAACGUAACAUUCCGACAAAUGCAGACAGCGGCUAUCUCUAAGGGUGUUUUUGUCCGUGCAUUAAAAUUUAGUCCUAUUUGAGGUUUAAAAACUUCCAACUCCUAUACGUCUUCUCGGCCCAUGUUUUGGUCCUAUUUGAGUCUAUUUCCCUUCAAUUAAAGUAGUCACGAGACUCUCUAAAUGAAUGGCUAGAUUUUCAUUCUUGAUCGGUGGUUUUUGUCCUAUUAAUAAGAAUUUUGU